UUCAGCUGUAGUGGCUGCACUGCUUAGCUGUGUGCUCACAACAGAUCGUUGUCUGGGGCAAGAGGGCAGCAGGCCAUGCAUGAACACACAAACAGGGAGAUAAUGGUGUCCAGCUUCUCUUAGGAACUAAAGAGAGUUCAGCUGUCCAUGUUUUCACUGCUAGGCGCUCUCUGUCUUUGCUAAAACAGAGCACUGGGACUUGUGUCUGCUCCUCAAUAGGUUCCAAGUUUUUUUUUUGGUGCAUCGCAGCUCGCUUUUGUCAAACAUGGGGUGCUCCUCAUCCAGUGCACAGACUGUGGAUCAAGAGAAAAGACCAGGUACAAAGCCAGAGGAGAGCAAUGGAGACACAGUAGCAGUCAGAAAUGGUAUCAUCGCAGAAGAUGCACAAACCAUCGAGGACCAGAUGCAGCUGCCUGUGCAGACUGCCUUACCAGAUGAUCUUCAACCAGGAGCUGAUGAUGAGACAGAGGCCGUGUUAGUGGCCCUGGAGGCCCAGGAGGAUCUGGGCUCUGGAGAAGACCUUCUGGCGGCUCCUGAGCCGCAGCCAGAGCCUGCUGCCCCUGAAGAGGCGGCUCCAGAGGCUCCAGAGGCUCCCGCUGCUGCUCCGGCCGAAGUCUCUGCUGAACCCGAGGCUGCUGUGGAGGUGGUGGAGGCUCCGCCCCCUGUGGAGGAAGUCGCCCCUGUAGAAACUGUAGUAGCCGAGGCCACGUCUGAAGUCGAAGCCGUCGCUGAGGCUACAGAAGAGGCCCCUGUUGUUGAAGUUGUUGCAGCGGUGCAGGCAGAGGCCCCUGCUGUUGUUGAGGAGGUCACUGCUGUGCCAGCUGAGGCCUCACCUGAAGUUGCCCCCACUGCUGUUGAACCUGUUAUAUCUGAGCCAGCAGAGGCCCCAGUGGUUGUGGAAGAGGCAGUAAGUGUGGCCGCUGAGGCCCCUGCAGAAGUGGCUGCUCCUGUGGAGGCAGAGGCUCCAGAGACUGCUUCAGCAACACCAGCUGAAUCCUCAGAAGCAGAACCAGCGCCAAGUGAGGCUGUGGCACCAGCUGAAGCUGUAGUACCAGAUGAGGUUUCAGCACCAAGUGAAUCCUCAGCACCCGUAGAGGCUGCAGAGCCUUUAAUAGAUACUCAGAUUGCUGCAGCAACUAUUCCAGAGAUGCCCGCAUUAUCUUCAGGCACGGUUGAGGCAAACACUGAGACUCAGCCUGCUGCUGAAGAGGCCACAGAACCUCCUGCAGCCCCCACUGACGCCGGCCCACCAGCAGAGACACAAGCUGAAUCUGCUGCUGCCGAGCCGGUCCAGAUGGCAGAGGCUACAGCAUCCACUCCGGCCGUUUCAGAGACCCCUGCAGAAGUAGCCCCAGAAGCAACACCAGCAACUGUGACCUCAGAGCCUGUGGUGGACAAUACAGCCCCAGCUGAGGCUCCUGUGGUUGAGCCCACCUCAGCACCAGCCCCUGCUGCUGACCCAGCCCCUGACCCCUCACCCAAAGUGGUGUCUGCAACAGAAGCCUCUCAGGAUACAGAGAGCAGCAAAACCAAAAAGGAGGACUGAGGUGGUGGAAGAAAUCUAGCAACAUAAUGAAAACUCCUAAAACUACAAAUGCAACGUGUACUGGAAGAAAAACAUGACAAAGUGACCAAACAAACACUAUAUUUACAGAAUUGUCUCAUCAGCUCUCACCAAACCAAAUUACACCAGAUACAUUAAUAUGCAAGGUGCCUUAAUAUCUUGUCUUGUAAGAGAGAUCAGGAUUUUUCCUAUAUUUGUAAAUAUAAACCUUUUACGAUGAGUUUUCCUACUGAGACCGUGAAGUGCCUGGAGCCACAUGUGGGCUUCUGUAUGCAACGUGCUAUGAAAACACUUAGGACGGGUUACAUGAGACAAGAAGGUGCAAUACUCUGUGAAAUCUGUGAACUCUCGCUUUAGAGAUUGUUAACUCAUCAGUGACUAGAGUGGCAGUGUGUUGAAGUGUAGAGAACGAUGCUUACAGGAAAUCCUUGACUAUUAAAAGUAGCUGCUUCUGAGGAAUACAAGCCAAACACAACUGUGAAUACAACUAUGCAAAGAGAUGGAAGUGACACCAAACUGUAUAAGAACACCUAUAUGAAACUCACUUUAAAAACAAUUCACAGAUUUAAUUUUUAAUACAAUUUUAUGAAAUGCAUAUUCUGCCGUAAAUCCAGACUUUGAUUGGUUAUUACACAUUAUUUAAUUGCUGCCUUGGGUUCAUUGGUUCACUUAAUCAAAAGGAAUGACAGUACUAAGUGUUGAGUGAACAGUGUAAUACUGAUAAACACUACUGUAAGUCAAAUCCAUGCAUUCUUAAAAAAACAAACUUUUUUUGAUAUUACUUUAUUGGUUUACAUUGAAAAAUCAUGAGUAAGAUGUGGGUUGUGUAAGUGACAUCAUUGCCAGGUAGUACUGAUAGUACUGAUUUGUCAUCUAGCUGUUUCAUGAAGCCAUGUUUUUGCAGUUGUACUAUACCUGGUAGAUGUUCAUUAGUUCUCUUCCUGGAAAUUAGGGAAUUUCCAACUACAACUAAAUGCAACAUGAGGCCGGGCAAUAUUGGUUUUGCCUUGAGUGAAUUACAUACAUGUGCAGUGCAGUAAGAGAUCACCUAGUGGAUGUGAUAUUUAAAUUGUUAUUGAUUCUACAUGCUGAGUUAAGAGGAGUCAAGGUCUUAGAAAAUGAUUUAAUUGCAUAAGAUGUGAAUGGGAACAAAAAUUUGUUUUGAUGUCUGAUGUCCUUUUUUUCCAUCUGUUUCUUUCUCUGUAAUAUAUUCAUCCUCUGUUCUAUGAUUCUGCUAACCUUUUAGUGUACAGAAUAAAGUUUUACUCACUAAUA